AUGGCUCCCUCCCCGUUUCGCCUUCCCAAGUCGCGUGAUCGCGCCGUUGUUGGUUCCUAUUGGCUGCAGCCGCGCUCGGGAUUGCGGUCCGUGUGCCUGCUUGCAGCCUGCGCGGCGGCGCUGGUGCCGCUGCUUGUCUCAUUCUCGGCCUUGAAUGCAACGAAUCAGGACACUUUGGAGCCGCCCAUAGCAGUGUGUCUGGUGGGGUCAGCGCGGGCCUUUGAGGCAACGGGGCCUUCACUGCUGCGCCACCUGCUGCUGCCCUCCGCCCACCCCUCCUCCCACUCCUCCGGUCGCUCCCACCACUCACACCGCUCCUCACACCUCUCCCACCCCUCCCACCGCCCCUUACACCUCUUCCUGCACGCGCCAUUAGACGAAACCGCUGCUAAACUCGCCUUAUUCGGGGGAAUCAAGGGGGGAGGGUUCGGUUCGAGGGAGCUGGGAGUGGAGGGUGUGACUAUAGCGAGCGUGAGGAUCUUUGCGAGCAGUGAUUUGGAUGAGACAGACAACCGGAGGUUAGCGCUCAACUGGCAGUCUUCACCUCAAGGCUUGCAGGGCCUGCUACAGUACUUUCGCCUGGUGGAGGGGUGCUGGGACAUGAUCCAAUCGUUUGAAGCCAUGUCAGCACAAGCCACGUCAGCACCGCCCCUGCGCUACAACUGGAUCGUGCGAGCCCGCCUCGACUCCCUCUGGACCGCCCCCGCAAACAUUCAGCCCCCGCCGCCCAUGCCGCUCGGUUUUCCCGCUGCUGGACCAGCAGCAGCAGAAGAAGCGGCAGAAGCAGCGGCACUAGCAGCAGAAGCAGCGGCAGUGGCUGCUGGGGACAUAGAUGGUGCGAGUGGGGUGGGUGAUAACUUGGCCUACACGAUUCCAUAUGGGUCGGACUGGUGGGGGUUGAACGACAGGUUCGGGAUGGGAGGGCGGGAGGCGAGUGGUGUGGCGUUGAGACGGCUGAGUGCUCUGGAUAAGAUGGUGGCCGUUGGAUACAGCCAAGUCAACUCAGAGCAAGGGUCUAAGGCGCAGAUUGGCACGAGGGGCGUGAGAGUGCAGAUUGGCACGAGGGGCGUGAGAGUGCAGAUUGGCACGAGGGGCAUGAGAGUGCAGCGCCAGAACCCCUUUUUCUGCAUCCUCACUCGCCCUUCCCACUCGUUUCUUCUCCUUUCUUUUCUGCCCGUUACCCCUCCUUUCCUCCAGCUCAACUCAGAGAUGGCAUUUAAAGCCCAGAUGGACAUGGGGGGCCUCAACUCAGAGAUGGCAUCUAAAGCCCAGAUGGACAUGGGGGGAGUGAGAGUGGAUCGACAGAACCUCUCCUUCUGCAUCCUCACUCGCCGAAUGUACCCCUUAGAGGACGACUCGUGUCCCGUGAAAAUCCUGAGUGCUGCUGCCAAGGUGCCUCUGAACGGCGCCAAGUGCCGAUUGUGCACCCCGUGCAAGGCAGAGGAGGAGGCUGAACAGGCACUAGCUGCCAUCCCCGACACGGCUCCCAACUGGCCAGGGCCGUUCACUCAGGGGAUUGACAUGUGCUCCAUCCACCAACCGUGGGAGGACACGUGGCAGCAGCAGUACGACGCUGUCAUGGGCGCUGAGCUGGCACGGCAGCGCCAAGCUGUCACCCGCAUGGCUGCUGACGUGGCUCUCUGCGUGCGAUCUUUUGAGCGGCUCCGCGCCCUCUCCUCUGUGUGGUCCGCCCCCUCCCCCUUGGCUCUCUGUGUGCGGGGGCAGCUGGGAGAGGCGAAGCUUCUGGGAAGCACCCCACGACAAUUUGCCACUUUCACUCGCCUGCUCUCUGCCUCCAGGUGUGCUGCUGUCUCAGGUAUUUUUUUCAGGUGUGCUGGUAUAGUGCCGUCGUCUCCAUCUCCUCUCGCCCGGAGUGGGAAGCGAGGCGGCCGCCACCGCCAAGGCCCCUGCAACCGAUCGUUGUGGUGUCCAUCUCCUCUCACCCGGAGUGGGAAGCGAGGCGGCCGCCAACGCCACGGCCCCUGCAACCGGUCAUCCCCUGUCUCGCUUCUCCGAAGCGAAGGAGUGGCCAGGCGGGAGGGGGAGGACAGCCAGAAAGCAGCAGAGAGCCCUUCCCCUUUCGGGAAUUCUGAAUUGAACGGGCAGAAGGCAGCAGAGACAGGGGGCAGCUGGGAGGCGGACCUUCUCUCUCUCUUCCCCGCCAUCUCCAUCCUCCAUCGCCCUCCCUCCUGGUUGCAGCAAUGGCAGCAAUCCGACAGCACGGGUGGUGGGGAGCGGGAGAGGGGGAGCCAGGAGGAUCAGGGUGGGGAAGGAUUUCAACGUGGGGAGGUGGCGAGGGAGGAAGAAUACAAGCGCGAGGCUGAUGAUGGGCUGCUGUGGCGUGUGGAUGUGAUCAAGGUGGAUGUGGACGAUCUAGACCCGGCUCUUAUUGCAGCCUGGGCUUCUGCCAUGCACGAUGCAUUGUCUUCAGGGAACACGCCGUCACCACCAUCAUCACCAUCACCACCACCACCACCACCACCAUCACCAUCACCAUCACCGCACCGCCUACCAUCGCUCGCACCUCGCCCGCUCUCAGCAGUGUGUCAGCUGCUCGUGUCGUUCCCCGUGGGCGAGGCAGCCACAGCAGCUAGAAGGCACGUGGACGAGCAGCUGCAGCGAGCUGGCUUCCACCUGGCCUUGUGUGUCGGCUCUCCUCCCGACUGGGACCGACAGUGCUGCUCAUAUUACCAUGUGCGUAACUGUGUCCGUUAA